UAUUUCUAUUUUGCUUACAAAUGUGAAAAUCACAAAAAUUGAGUGAUAUGAAACAAAACCAACUUCAAUUUUCAAUCAAAAUAAACUUGUCAAAUUUCUUCUUAAAAAAAAGAAUAUCUUUCAAUCGAGGACACAGCCAUUGAAAAAAACAGCCCAGAGCCGGUCCACAACAUCUCAGCUAAAAGAAUCUCCAAGAAGAAAAAAAAAAGUGGUCAUCAUCAACAAAAAAUCGAAACCAAACUCACUUCUUUUUUAAACGAACUCACUGAAGCCUCUUUUGCCUCUUACAACCUAACCAAAAUAAAUACAUCCAUGAAAAUGUAACCACAGAUAUAUGAAUGUAUCUUUUUUUCAACAGAGGAGCGUUCAAAAAAUUCUAUACCGUUACUGUUUGUCGAUUGAUCUAACCGAAUAAAAUGUCUUGGUUGGGUUUUCGUUAGUUUAUCUUUUUUCCCAAUUCUUGUAAGCUGUCCACUGCAUGCAUCUGUUGUAUGCUUCGCGAUGGCUAUCCCAACCAAAGAAUCCAAGAAGAAAAUGAAAAGAAAGUUGUGUUGAUGUUGAUGCUGACUCCGUCCGACCAGAAGCAUAUACAGCACUCUUCCACGCUUCCACCACUACUUGGUUUCGUUCUAUGAAAAAAGGCUUAAACAGAGUAUCUUUCAGAUGGAAGUUAAACUAACUAAAGACACUUGGCCAUCAGUUUAAGCCGAACAGUCGUCGAAGAAGAUUCACUCUUUCAUGCCAUCGAUAGGCAAAAAAAGAAAAACUAUACAAAAAACGGUCCUCACUAUUUUAAGUCCUCGAAGAAAGUGCAUAUUUUUAUAAAUAAAUUCGUUAGUUAGUUAAUUUUUUUAACCAAACAAAAUAAAUAAAUUUAAUCGCUUUGCAAUGUCAAGAACAUUUAGUGUUCUACUUUUUCUCACAUUCACGACCUAUUCGUGUGUCGUAGCUGAAAGUGAACAGAACUUAAAUUUGAAUUCCACUCGAGUUGCUCGACAAUGGGACAUGCCGCGAGACUUACGAUUCAUGAGUAGGUUAUUCCACGAUCAACAACAACAGCACCAACAACAACAGCAUACGCGAAGGCCGCAACCAGCACAAAUUUUGGCCAGAAGUGACAAUUUCCCCCAAAGAACUGGUCCAGCUGGUGCAGUUCCGGGUCCAUUCGGACGGCCUCCUUUUGGCAGGCCACCACCACCUCACAUGAGACGUAGGGUUUACUCAGGACCUCCUGGUGCACCACCUCCGGGUGUGUUCCUUCGUCCAAACGGUGGCCCUCCAUAUCAAUCGUUCAAAAACACACGGUACUCGCUUGCAAAAGACCCCUACGUUCUUAAGGGCUCUCCGGUCAAUUUUCGCACAGGCCCGGGCCAGAAUCCAAAUUCGAUACAGGAAAUGCACAGUUUCAAGCCGUCCCCAGCCUACAAUGGUGAAGUGAUUGUCCGUCGUCCAUCAGCUGCACCGCUGUCAGGAACUCAAAAGUCCGAAGACAGAGUUGAAGCCCUUCGACGCUUCAAACAACAUCCCAUACCUCAAGAUCCCAAUCGCAGUAUGUAUUCCGUGCAUGAGGAUACCGAUAGUGAAGCUGAUAGCUCAUAUGGUUACCAGAACAUCGGAGAGAACGCCAUGAAGCAGGCCAAACAGUAUUUGAAUUUUAUGAGCUCAAGUGAAUAUUUUCUACCGAAAGUCGAACCGGAUUACCGGAAAUUAGAUCAAUCCAAACACCACCAGCAACAGAAUCAACAGCAGCCUCAGCAAAAGAAGAAAUCUGCGGAUAAUGCUUCUCUUCAACAUUAUCAACAACAGCAACAACAACGUAAAGCUGAUUCCUCAAGUAGCCUCAAUACAGCAUUCACAGUGAAUGCACCACUUCGUGUGUCCUCUUCCUAUUCACAAAGUCAACUACAGCUUCAGGCACAAGCACAGGCUCAGACUAGCUCCUCGGGCAGUAGCUAUUCCAGUUCAUAUCCAGCACAGGCUAUUGUGGGCAGCUUCAAAAAUGAAAACAAAAACUUCGUAGUCAAUUCGGAUGGCAAGAAGACCGUGCAUAGCAUUGCAUCGACCUCUUUUAGCUCAGCAGAUGCUGCUAACCAUCAACAUCAGCAUCAGAAUCAACAUCAACAUCAACACCAACAGCGUCAAAGCAAUCCCAGCGUUUUUUCGAGCGUCCUUCGACCGAAGCUAACCGAUCGUGCCUCAGACCCGGAGAGGGUUGAAUUCACCGAACGUGAUGCCAUUCACGUUUCCUACACAUCAAAUCCAAUGGAUUCAUUGUCUCGAAAUGGUGAGAAUCAAAUUCAGCACCAGGCGGACCGUCGAUAUGUUAAACCGCCACCAGUUUCCGCCAUAAUGCAGCACCAACAGCAGCAGGAUGAUGAUAUUGAUGACGAAGACAACGAUGAGGAAUUAAUGCAAGCGGCAUCGGAUGUUUAUGGUCGUGCAAAGGCAAACCCCAAUGAGACUCCUUCAAAUUCAAGUCCUGGUACAUCAGAACAAAAAGACACCGAAGAAUAUUGCGAACGAAUAUGCUCGAACGUGCAAGAUGAAGACGAAGAAGUCGUUUGUGGUUCAGAUGGAUUUAUGUACACUAGUGAGGCUCAGAUGGAAUGUUACGCAUCUUGUUUACAUAUCGAUGUGACAAUACAAAGUAAGGGCACCUGUAAUCAACCGCUUUAGAAACUGACGAUGUUUUUUAUAUGUAUCUGCAAAGGAGGACAUCACUAAUUGAAUUUAAGGCAACAUUUAAUUUCCAAGAGAUGUUUAAGUAUUGUAAAAAGUUACAUGAAAUAUAAGAAAAAACAAACAAUGAAUUUGAA